AUGGUCUCCCGGUGCUUUCCCCCUCCCUCCCCCCACCACUCCCCCUCCCCCACCCACCUACUCUCCCAACCUUCCCCAACUCCCCCCCACGCUCCCCUAUUUCCGCGUCUCCCUGCCUCUGCUUGGCGGCGGAACAACCAGACAGUGUCGCGUUAUUCCUGCUCUUCUCCCCCCCUUCUUCCCCCCCCUCUCCACGCACCCCUUCCCCACCUUUCCCCCCUUCCGCCCACCCUUCCCCCACCCUCCCCCCUCUCCCAGGCUCCGAGCUCCGCGUCAGCGAAUCUGAGCUCGCUACAGCGGAAAAACCUCCGUGUCUACCCCCACUUCCCCCAGACCCCCACUUCCCCCAGCCCCCCACUUCCCCCAGACCCCCACUUCCCCCAGCCCCCCACUUCCCCCAGCUCCCCACUUCCCCCAGACCCCCACUUCCCCCAGACCCCCACUUCCCCCAGCCCCCCACUUCCCCCAGACCCCCACUUCCCCAACCCUCAGCUUCCCGCAGCCCCGCACUUCCCCCAACCCCAGCACUGCCCCCAACCCCCCACUUCCCCAACCGCCCACUUCCCCCAGCCCCACACUCCCGCCAACACCCCACUUUUCCCAGCACCCGCACUCCCUGCAACACCCUUAUUUACCCAACAAACAUCUGCAUGA